UAUCCCAAUUACAGUCUCACAAUUCCUGGAGAAAAACAAAGAAAGAUGCAGGCCACCUCCUCCUGCUUCAAUGAACACGCCCCCGCACCUCCAUGUCUCCACGGCUGUUGUGCAAUGCCCUUCAUCGGUUCCCACGACCCACAAGACAAAAACCAAUCGACCUCUUCCUAUUCCAACUCCAACUCCAAAACCAAAACCGCCACCACCACGACUUCAAUCUGCAGACACACUUUCGCAGCCACGACCGCAUCUUCUUUCUUCCGUGACCAACUAUUCACCAACCACGAAUCUCUCCCUUCUUUCCACGACUCCUUCACCCAAUUCACCUCAACUUAUCCAAACUACUUGGAUUCAUCUCCUGUUGAUGAAAUCCGAUCGCGUGAAUAUUCUCAUCUCACCUUCUCUAACCACGUCUGUCUCGAUUACAUAGGCAUCGGCCUCUUCUCCUAUUCACAGUUAGAAAAACACCUUCAACAAACCGUAGCCGCCGCUUCUUCAUCCACAAUCCAACCGCCGCCGCGGCGGUUGGAUUGUCCCUUAUUCGGCGUUUCACACAAGUUGGUUAAUUUCAAAUCAGAGCUACUCCACGGCGGCCAAGCUUCCGAACUUGAAUGUGCCAUCAAGAGAAGAAUCAUGGAUUUCCUUAAAAUAUCAUCAAAAGACUACAGCAUUGUUUUAACCACAAACAGAUCAUUAGCGUUCAAGCUUGUAUCCGAAUCUUAUCCAUUCCGAUCAAGUAAGAAGCUUUUGACAGCGUACGAUUACCAAAGCGAGGCGGUUGAAUCGAUGGUACGCACGUCAGAGACACGAGGAGCCAAAGUCAUGUCAGCCGAGUUCAAGUGGCCGAGACUAAGGAUUAAUUCGGAAAGAUUAAGGAACAUGAUCGUAAACAAAUCGAGAAACAAGAACAAGAACAGGAAGAAGAAAAACAGGGGACUGUUUGUUUUCCCUAUUCAGUCAAGAGUAACCGGAGGCAACUAUUCUUAUCAAUGGAUGAGCCUAGCGCAGGAAAACGGUUGGCACAUCUUGCUCGACGCUUGUGCUUUGGGACCAAAAGACAUGGGUAGUUUUGGGUUGUCGAUUAUUAAACCAGAUUUCUUCAUUUGCUCAUUCUACAAAGUCUUCGGCGAAAACCCAACUGGAUUCGGUUGUCUCUUGGUCAAGAAAUCAGCCAUCCCAAUUCUUGAAGAUUCCGGAUGCACAGGAAUCAUUAACCUAAUCCCACCAAGAAAUCUUCUUCCUAUCAAUGAAGAUUCUUCAGGAACCGACUUAGAACUCGCCCUCCUCGAGGUAUCAGAUCAAAAACCAAUCGAGGAGGAGGAGGCAGAGUGCAGGAAUUUGGAUCACAUAGAAUCACUUGGAUUGACAAUGAUUGGAAGCAGGGCAAGAUUCCUAAUAAACUGGCUAACAAAUGCUCUGACUAAACUAAACCAUCCUAAUGCAGAGAAGAAACUUCCAUUGGUUAGAAUAUAUGGUCCCAACGUAAAAUUCGAUAGAGGGCCUGCUUUGGCUUUCAAUGUAUACGAUUGGAAAGGCGAAAAGAUUGAACCUUUUCUUGUGCAGAAGCUUGCUGAUAGAAACAAUAUUUCACUCAGCUAUGCUGUUCUUCAUCAUAUUUGGUUCCCGGAUGAAAAAGAGAGAGUGUUGGAAAAGGCAGGAGGAGGAGUUAGUGGCAAUUUGAAAAGGCAGGGGGACGAAAAUGUAAUAAAUGUUAUCACAAUUGCGCUCGGUUUCCUAUCGAAUUUCGAAGACGUGUAUAAGGUUUGGGCGUUUGUAGCUAGGUUCUUGGAUGCUGAUUUUGUGGAGAAGGAACGGUGGAGAUACACAGCGUUGAAUCAGAAUACCAUUGAAUUGUAAAGGAGGGGGUGAAGAAGUUACACACUUACACUUGUCUCUGUUUCAUAUUUUUCUGGUUAUUAUUAGUGUGUUCAAAUUUGUAUACUUACCUAACAAAA